CUUGACACUUCCAACAUCAACAAACCCAAAAAUCGCAAAAAUGGACUUUCUUCAGGCAGCAACUAUAUGCAGAACGUGCAUACACGGCAACGAAAACAUAAUGAAAAUCAAGAACACCUACAUCAACUGUGAUAACAACACAAUCCCCAUUUUAGACGUCCUAAACUUCGUGUCGGAAAUCCAGCUCCUCGAAAACCACCCCGACAGCAUCUGCUCCAACUGCGUCGAAAAAGCCGUCGUCGUGUACAAAUUCAAGCUCCAGUGUGAGCAAGCGAACAAAUUUCUACAAACCUCGGUACAAACCCUUCACAUGCAGCCAGAACCCCACGAAACUGUCACUCAACCCGUGCAAGCUAAACCCGCCGCUAUAAAACCCCAAGAGGACGACGAACUCGACAAUGUAAUUUUCUGCCUUCAGUGCAACAAGUCGUUCAAAAACAAAUAUAUUUUGGCAGCACACAUGAAGCGCCACCAGUAUAAAGGUCACUUUUUGUGUAGUAUAUGUGGGAAGGGGUUCAAUUCGCAGUCUUGUUUGAGGCGCCACGGGCGGGUACACACCGGCGAAAAAAACUACGAAUGUCAAGUGUGCCAGAAGCGGUUUCCUUCGUCGAAUAAUUUGAAGUUGCAUUCACGCACUCAUAGUGGGGUUAAACCGUACUUGUGCACGAUUUGUGGCAAGUCAUUCAGCCACCCAACGGGGUUGACAUACCAUAUGCGGACCCACACGAAGGAAAAACCCUACACGUGCGAUAUUUGUAGCAAGUCGUUCGCGAUUCAGUGCCACAUGGACCGGCACCGCAAAACCCACUCAGGGGAGCGGCCGUUUCAGUGCAAGCAGUGUGAUAAAGCCUUUAUCAAGAAGAUUGAUUUACAAAGGCAUGAGGCAGUUCAUUCAGGGCUUAAACCCUAUGUUUGUAACGUGUGCAGCAAGGCUUUUGUACGAAAAAUGCAUUUAAGUUACCAUAUGAUGGUACACACGAAGGAGAGGCCCCACGUUUGUACUGUGUGUGGAAAGGGGUUCAUUCGGAGGUACUAUCUCAAGGUUCACGUGAAUCAGAGGCACGAGGGGGUACACUUCAAGCUGGAACAAGAUAACGAGUGAUUGUGUGAUUUUAUAUUUAAAUAAGUGUUUUUUUUUUUAAUAUAUUAUAUAUAUAUAUACAUAUUUUUAGUGAAGAGGAAAAUAUAUUGAAGUUUGUAUUUUUGA